CUCAGGCGCUCGCGCAGACAACGCUCGCUCUCACUGCUUCUGCGUAAAUGAGAGCGUGAGAGAGACAGUGUGGGAACGUUACCAAAUUAUCUAGAACUUCACAGAGGAGAACCCGGAGAGAGAGAAUAAAUCCGCUGGAAUUAAUUGACGCUGCUGUUGGAAUUUCUCUUUUCCUCCGCGCGAAGAAAACAAGACGGAAAAAGACGUAAAAUCCAGGAGGAAAAAGUUCGUGCGAAUCCGGAGGAAAAGUUGGGGGAAACUCUUCUGCAGGAGUCUCGCGCUCUCCACUCGUGCAUGUUCAGAGUGUGGAGGUUUCUGAGAGCCGGGAGGCGGCUUUAGGCUCGUGCGGAUUCGGAAGCGGAGCGGCGGCGCGCAGACGCUACGGGACGGCAUGAUUUUGCGACGGAGCUCAGCGCUCGCGGCGUUUUACCUCCAUGCUUUUUUAUUGUGUUUACGGACGAAGGUGUGCGGAGCGUCAGGACACUUCGAGCUGGAGAUCCUGUCCAUGCAUAACGCACGUGGCGCGCUGCAAAGCGGAUCGUGCUGCGGGGGCGCGCGGGGCGGCAGGACCGAGCGCUCGUGCGCCCCCGACCAAUGCGACACGUACUUCAGGGUCUGUCUCAAGGAAUACCAGUCGCGCGUGGCCGCCGCGGGCCCGUGCAGCUUCGGCACCGGAUCUACGCCGGUUCUCGGGGGGAAUACGUUCAGCACCAGGGGCUCGAGCGCCUCGGACAAGGCCCGGAUUGUUUUGCGCUUCAGUUUCGCCUGGCCGAGGUCAUACACACUGAUCUUGGAGGCCCUGGACCUUCAUAAUGAAACCGCUGGAGACAGUCUGAGCUCCGGGCGGCUCAUUGAGAAGGCGUAUCACUCCGGGAUGAUCAACCCAAACCACUCCUGGCAAAAACUCUCCCACAACGGCCCCGUGGCUCAGUUCGAGUAUCAGAUCCGGGUCACCUGUGAGGAGCACUACUACGGCUUCAGCUGCAACAAGUUCUGCCGUCCACGAGACGAGUUCUUCGGACAUUAUACCUGCGACCAGAACGGAAACAAGACCUGUCUGGAGGGAUGGACUGGCCCUGAGUGCAACACAGCGAUCUGCAGGCAGGGCUGCAGUGUGGAGCACGGGUCCUGUAAGCUACCUGGAGACUGCAACUGUCUGUACGGCUGGCAGGGUCUGUACUGUGAUAAGUGCAUCCCGCACCCCGGCUGUGUUCACGGCACGUGUGUGGAGCCCUGGCAGUGCCUCUGCGAUAUCAACUGGGGCGGGCAGCUCUGUGAUAAAGAUCUGAACUACUGUGGAACUUAUCAGCCCUGUCUGAACGGAGGAACCUGCAGCAACACCGGACCCGAUAAGUACCAGUGCUCCUGUGCUGACGGAUACUCCGGAUCCAACUGCGAGAGGGCGGAGCGGGCGUGUCUCUCCAGCCCCUGUGCUAACGGGGGAAGCUGUUCUGAGAGCAGUGAGGGAUACGAGUGCCUGUGUGCCGCCGGCUGGACUGGGACGUCCUGCAGCAUCAAUGUAGACGACUGUUUCUCGAACCCGUGCAGCCACGGAGGAACCUGUCAGGAUCUGGUGAAUGGGUUUAAGUGCAGCUGUCCUCCGCAGUGGAUUGGAAAAACAUGUCUGAUUGACGCCAACGAAUGCAACGACAAGCCCUGCGUGUACGCAAAGUCCUGCCGCAACCUGAUUGGUGGAUAUUUCUGCGAGUGUCUGCCAGGGUGGGAGGGGCAGAACUGUGACAUCAAUAUUAACGACUGCCACGGCCAGUGUCUGAAUGGAGGAUCCUGCAGGGAUCUGGUGAACGGGUAUCGGUGUGUGUGCUCGGCGGGGUUUGUGGGUGAGCACUGUGAGAAGGAAAUUGACGAGUGCGCCAGCAGCCCCUGCCUUAACGGCGGUCGCUGUGAGGACGAAGUGAAUGGCUUCCAGUGUCUGUGUCCCGCUGGCUUCUCUGGUCAGUUCUGUCAGCUGGAUAUCGAUUACUGUCGGCCCAGCCCGUGUCAGAACGCCGCGCCCUGCUUCAACCUGGCGUCAGACUACUACUGCCAGUGCCCCGACGACUACGAAGGCAAGAACUGCUCCCACCUGAAGGACCACUGCCGCACCACCUCCUGCCAAGUGAUUGACAGCUGCACUGUAGCCGUUGCGUCCAAUAGCACUCCAGAGGGGGUGCGGCUUAUCUCGUCUAACGUGUGCGGUCCUCACGGAAGCUGCAGGAGUCAGGCCGGGGGUCAGUUCACCUGCGAGUGCCAGGAGGGCUUCAGGGGAACCUACUGCCACGAGAAUAUAAACGAUUGUGAGAGAAAUCCGUGCAGAAAUGGAGGGACGUGCAUCGACAAAGUGAAUGAGUAUCAGUGCAUAUGUGCGGACGGCUGGGAGGGAUCUCACUGUGAAACUAAUACAGACGACUGCAGCCUGAAACCCUGUUUAAAUAAGGGAACAUGUCAGGACCUGGUGAACGACUUUUACUGCGAGUGCAGAAACGGCUGGAAGGGAAAGACCUGCCACUCCCGUGAGAGCCAGUGUGAUGAAGCCACCUGUAACAACGGGGGCACCUGCCAUGAUGAGGGAGACACCUUCAAAUGCAGGUGUGCACCAGGCUGGGAGGGGGCCACCUGUAACAUAGCUAAGAACAGCAGCUGUCUGCCGAACCCCUGUGAGAACGGAGGGACCUGUGUGGUCAGUGCUGAUUCCUUCACCUGCGUCUGUAAGGAAGGCUGGGAGGGAGCCACCUGCUCUCAGAAUACCAACGACUGCAGCCCACACCCAUGUUAUAACAGUGGGACCUGUGUGGACGGGGAUAACUGGUACCGGUGUGAAUGUGCCGCGGGCUUCGCUGGACCCGACUGUCGCAUAAAUAUAAACGAGUGCCAGUCUUCGCCCUGUGCGGUCGGCUCCACGUGCAUUGAUGAGAUUAACGGUUAUCGCUGCAUUUGUGCACCUGGACGCACCGGUCCUCAGUGUCAAGAAACCACAGGGAGGCCCUGCAUUUCUGAAGGAGGUCAGGUUUCUACUGAUGGAGAGAAGUGGGAGGAGGACUGCAACACCUGUCAGUGUCGCCAUGGAAACAUCCACUGCACCAGGAUGUGGUGUGGGCCAAAGGCGUGCCGGGUGGGUAAAGGUCGAGGCGGUUGCCAGUUAGGACAGUCCUGCAUCCCCAUAAAGGAGGAGUAUUGUUUUGUGAAGCCGUGCCCCGGCCUGGGAGAGUGCUGGCCCUCCACCCCUCCUCCACCCAACUCCAAAUGCCACCACAGCUUCCCUUACCAGCAGAACAGCUGCGCCAACAUCACCUUCACCUUCAGUAAGGAGACCCUGCCUCCAGGUCUGAGUAUAGAGCAUGUGUGUAAUGAACUGAGGCGUGUCUACGUGGUGAAGAACCUCUCGUCAGAAUACGCCGUUUCCAUCACAUGUAACCCCUCCUCCUCCGCCAGCAACGAGAUUCACGUCAGCAUCUCGACAGAAGAGCCUACGCUGGACAGGAGCCCCAUAAAGGAGAUCACGGAUCGGAUUAUUGACCUGGUCAGCAAACGUUCUGGAAACAGCUCCAUCAUCACGGCUGUUACAGGAGUGCGGCUACAGCAGAUUCAGAACCCCAGCAAGACAGAUUACCUGGUUCCUCUGCUGAGCUCCAUCUUCAUCCUCCUCUGGAUCGUCGCCCUGGCAACGUCCCUCCUCUGGUGCAUCCGUCGCCGACGGAAACUCAACGGCCACGGCAACGCGGCGUCGUUGGCCAGUGAAGACAACACCACCAACAACGUACGAGAGCAGCUGAACCAGAUCAAGAACCCCAUCCAGAAGCACUCCGCCCACGGCGUCGCCAUCAGAGACUACGAGGGGAAGAACUCCAUCAUCGCCAAAAUCAGGACUCGCGGUACGGAGGCGCAGGAGGAGGAGGAGGAGGAGCAGGAGGUGAAGGAGAAGCGUCUGCAGAACGCUCGCUUCACCAAACAGCCCGCCUACAUGCUGGUGGAGAGGGAGGAGCUAACGCCCAGCAAACUCCCCAACUCCACCUGGACUAGCAAACAGGACAACCGGAGCCUGGAGUCGGCGCACACUUUAAACAGGAUGGAGUACAUCAUAUAGCAGCUUGACUUCCUGUGCUGUCAUGUGACCAAAGCUCCUCCUCCUCAACCAUGUACUGAUGAACCAGACGCUGGAGGAGCUGGAUCACUUCAGACUUCUUACGGAUUUUACAGAUUUUACGGACUUUACAGAUUUUAUUCGCAGUACCGGCGUUAAUUUAAGUCUCGACGAGCCGGAUUCACCUGGCAACACAUCGCACACGGCUGGUAUUGGUUGCCUGGAAAAACCAAAGUGCUGUAUUUCACGUCCACACACAAAAAAAAAUACUUAAAAACUAUAAAAACUAGCUGUGCUUUAAACAAACAAACAAACAGAGAAACAAAAAAAAAGAAAAAAGAGACUUCAACAGCACCACAUAGAUUUCCAGUGUCUAUCUAUUUCUGUGGAUACGUUUGAGUAUCUUUGAGUCUUUGUACUUUGUACUAUGUUCAGAUAGUCUUAAGUGUUUUUUUACCAUUAUUAUUAUUAUAAUAAUUAUUAUUAUUAUUAAUAUUUUUUUGACAACACUCACUGCUCAAGUAGUUUUUAUUAUAAUUUUUUUUUAUCCGUUUUCCGGGGGCUUUUUCUUUUUGCUCUUUGCUCUAUUUAAAAAAAAAGUGCCUUUGCAGCUCCACACCACAGCGAUUUUCACUAAGAGUUUUAUAAUUGUGAUAAUGAACGUGACAAAAGGACAAAACAAACUAAGAAAGAGAACAAAGAAAGAGAAAAACAAAGAAAAAAAAACAUUUUUAUUAUUUAUUAUCUGUCUUUGCUCUUGGCGCAGGGGGAGUGUUCGAGUCUUUUGCCUGGGUGCAGAAUGUCUUUCAGAAUGUAUUUCAGAGAGUCCUGCCUUAAAAGAUGUACUAGUUAGGUUUAUUCUUAUCAUUAUUUUUAGACUUAACCUUUAUUUUAAAUGGUUAAAACCGUCAAAAUCAUAGUGCCGCCUCCUUCUUAGCAUUAGCAUCGAGAAAUGUGCCAUUCAUUCAUCAGCAGCUCAGUACCUCAUUUUAGUUGAGCAUGCCCCACAGGUGCUCACUUCAACACUUUAGGUUUUAAGCAACUUUUAGUCGACUGGGGCGAUAGUUUAAGCAUUUAUAAUGCACUUAUUAACAAAAUAAAACAACACAACAGUUGAAAUAGUUGAGAUUUGGAAUGUAACAAAGGUUUAUACUGUAAAAGUGUGAACGUAACGAUGAUAUAUAGUAUGUAAAUGAUUACAAUAUUUGGGAAAAGUGUUAAAAUAUAGAAUUGUCGUCUUCAUAGUGCCCCUAAAAACAGGUUAGAAUUUAACACACUUAAUAAUGAUUACGACUGUACUGAAUAGUGCAUAAAAAAAAUUAAAGUAAACUGGGAUUCACGACUGUCACAGACAGAAUCUGAACAGGGAAACUAGUUUUAUUUAGUCAGUUUCAGAGACGAAACCAAAUAUCAGUAUCACAAUAUAUCGCAUUAUUUCUGUUAUAUGUAACGAUACUGCCUAAGACUCCACCACCAAAUAAGGCUUACUAAAGUCAUUACUUUAUUACUCAACAUGGUGGCGCUAUAAUCUAAUUAAUAGUGUUAUUAAUCCUGCUGUGAAGAAUAUUGGCACCAACAAAUCCAAAAAUCCUGGAAUUUGAUUAUUUAGUAGUACUUUUUUUUACGUCUUUAGUAACACCGAUGCCGUAAAGUAUCGCAGAGAGGUCUUACGAUAUAUCGUAUCGUGAUAAUAAUAUCGUAUCGUGAGACAUUUAUCAAGUGUAAUGAUAACUUUUACAGUUCUAGACCACGUUCACAUUAAAGACACUGAUACAGAGUGGAAUUAACCGCUGCCUCGUCACACAUGGACGUUAUGCUAGCCUGUUAGCACAUUAGCAUGUUAGCCUCAACAGAUGCGACUAUAGCCACUGCGUGGCUGAGCGUAGAGUACAGAGCACAUUACUAGACUGAAAUUGUAUUGCGAUAAACGAUAUUAAAAACAAUAUCGUUUUAUGACCUGCAGUCCACACUGUUUGUUAUAAGCUAGAGCAUUUUAAAAAAUGUAAAAAAAAUAUAUAUUAUAUAGAUGUAUUAAACACAUAGUGAUCUAUUUUAAGAAUUUAUUUCUUUUAUUGUUGAUGAUUAUGGCUUACAGCCAGUGAUAAAACCCGAAAAUCAGAGUCUCAGAAAAUUAGAAUAUUAUAUAAUAUAAAGACCAAUUGGUACUUUCAGCAAAAUGUACUAAUUUCAUUUCCUGCUGGAAAACGAAAUCUGCAUCGCCACAAAACACGAUCUAAUAUAGUGGACCAACACCAGCAGACGACACGGCGGAUUUUUUUUACAGCUCUUCAUGCUUCCCUCUGCUGACAACUUUUAUGAAGAUGUGGAUUUCAUUUUCCAGCAGGACUUACCUGCACUUCAAAAAGUACCAAUUGGUCUUAUAAUAUCCCUCUGCUGACAACUUUUUCAACAAUUAAACAAACAAAUGCUUAAAACAGAUCACUCUUAACUCAAUAGACCGUAUCACCAUUAUCACCAUUAUUGAGGUGAUGUCCGUUUAUCGUACGAUAAAUCGUUAGCGUAACUAUCGCGACGGGUCUCGGCAGGAGGCCCCCAGGCAAGGUUCACCUCCCACCUGCCGCCAGAGUGAAGACUGGUUCAUGUAGAAGUGUUGUGUAGAUAUGUACAUUUGUUCUGAAUUAAUCACUGUGUAUAUUUGAUUUAUUAACUUAAUAAUCCAGAGCCUUAAAAUAUCAUUCCUUUUAUUUAUACAUACAGUCUAGUUCUGAAGGUUUUGAUAGCUUUGUAAGUUCAUGGCUUCUUUAUUUUCACAGCAAAUUUGUUUGUUUAACGUGUUGUUUUUUUUUAACAGCAAAAUUUCGACGAAAAAAAAAAAGAUAAUUUUUUAAAAUAAGAGCAGGCAUUUCUGUGCCUGAAUGUUUAAUUUUAUUUUAUUUUUUCUGACUAAUGGAAACCUCAGCUGUAUCGAUUUUGCCAGGAUCUGUUGGUAACUACUUAACGCAGGAAGUGUGGGAAACAGGGAAAAAGACUAAGAAUUUAGGCUCAAUCCCAUUUCUCUCUCUUUUUUUGUACCCUACACUUAGUUUUGGAGUGUAACCCCUCCAGUGAAGCGCUAAAGUUCAGCAACCUAACUGCUGCUGAUUAACUAGUUAAUUUUGGAUGUAUUUUAUUGAAUAUCUUCAGAAAGGGGGGAGGUGAUGCAGCAAUUAAUUAUUAUUGUCCAAUUCUUAAUUUCUCUGUGAUGAGGAGCUAAAAUCAGCUUUUAUUAGCUUUUAUUUUACUUUCCUGUUAUACCUUAAAGAGCCACUAAACCCAAAACCAUAUUUCAUGCAUUAAAAGCCAGGGCUAUCGCCUGACCUGGGCUUCUGGGGCUACAGCCCCGAAUGAUUACCCAGUAGCCCCGAAACAGUUUUAGAAACAAGUUGUCUACAUUAUUACAUUGUUACAUGAAAUCCAGUGUUGACUUACUGUUUUGCAUACUUUAUUGAGGAAUAGAUUAACUGAUGGAAUAUAUCUGGUCCAUGUAUUUUAGUAAAAGCUUAUUAUACUAUUUUAAGGUCACCAAAAAUAGUCAUUUUGCAGAAUUUGUGCACAUAAAUUUAAAACAUUUAUUAACCUUUAAAAAAAACGUUUAUUGUGGUAAUUUCCCAUCUCUGCAGCUCCUCUCAGGUUCAACUGUGCUAUAGGCCAGGAUGAUAAUCAUAAUAUUCUAAUUGGUCAAUCAACAAUACCGUCCCCCCUGUUGUGGCCCAAUCAGCUCUCCCUCAUGCCACGCCCCUAAACCCAUACAUCACCCAGUGCCCCUGUUAAACUACUACUCCCAUUUUUUUUAGCAUUUUUCAAAUUGGAGCUGUGGGUGGAUUUAACUAAAAUUAGGGGGUUUAGUUAAACUCUUUAAAUGCUCCACCCUCUACUGUCUGUUGCUCUAUUUAAGGUGGAACGGGAAAGUCUGAGCUGUUAGCUAAUGAGACAAAUCACUAAAAUGUGCGGAAAACAAUGAAACUACACCAUUAUUAAACUGCAGUAACAUGGGUAGGCUGGUUAUCGUCAUUUUUGUUCGCUUUUUGUUUCACAUCUUGCCAGUGAUUCUAAUAAUCCUCUGUUUUGUAGUUUACCUCUGAAAAAACUGCUAACUCUCAAUUCUAACAAGAAGAUUUAGGGCUAAGCUGUUUAGAAUUAAGGGGUGAAAUGGGAUUGGGCCUAAAACUAAGACUAAGAUUUAAGACUUAAGAUUGUCAUAAGCAUGAAAACUUUAAGGGAACAAAAUAAAUAACUUAAUGGAAUUAGAAAAUGCCAUCAAAUUAUUGUUUAUUUGGAUUGUUUUUUAGGAAAGCACCAAUUUUUAUUGAAGUUAUUUGGCUGGAUUUUUUUUUUCUGAAUAAUAAAUACUGUGCUUUGUUGAUGUUGAUAAUCUUCUCCAUGUAAAAGCAAAAUUAACAGGCUUUCCUAUGAUAUAAGAUUUAUUACCAAGAAGCAACAAAGAAACACACAUUUCCUCACUUUCUGUGCUGAGUUUACAGUAACUUUUUUCUUUAGUAAAUUUUCUUCUUUUUAUUUUUUUUUCUCCAUUUUCUACAAAUUUAGCUAGGAAAAAGAGCCAGAGAGAGCAAGGCUCGUUGUGCUCUCUCAGGGCUCUGGCAGCUGAUAGCAAGCUGCAUGACCAGGAUUCAAACCAGCGAUCUCCCAAUCAUAGGAGCAGCGCUUUAGACCGCUGGCCAACCUGUGCCCAAAAUGUUAUCUUUAAAAAUGCAAUAAAAUAUAUUUUUAGCUAUUUUUUUUUAUUUGUGCCACUAUGAAAAACCUGCAACAAAAACAGGAUCAUUUUUUAAAGGGCAAAUUUUCAUUUUCAGCCAAAACAUUUCAUCCAUGCUCUUGUUCUGCUUCUGUGUCUUUGGCAAACUGUUUGCAGGCUUUCUUGUGCAUCAGCUUCAGAAGAGGCUCCCUUCUAGAACAGUGCCAAUCUGUGCAAUUGUUAAAAACCUGCAUCAAAAACGUGAACAGUCAGGCAGAUUUUCAGUUUCAGCCAAAAACAUAAAAUAAUAAUUUUGCUUCAGACUUCAUUUGCAUGACAUCAUAAGCUAGGCUGCGAAUACUUGAACAGUAGGAGGGGGGUGGGAACACUGUUGAUCGGAGGACCCAGCCAUGCUCCUGGAGAUCGCUGCACUCUUAAAAAUAAAGCUGCCAAUAAGGAUGUAUGGAGUGAUGUCAUGUAAGGUUUUUUUUAUUUUAUUUCUACCUUUUAUGCAAAUCCUGCAAAUUUGGAUGGAAAAGCAUGUGAAUAAAGAAGAAGCACUUUUGUUUCCAUACCAAACCUC